AAAGAGGGCAGCGCUGGUGCACAAAGUAUAAAGACUGGACAUUGUACAUAGUGUCUCCAAAGAACAAGUUCCGCAUAUUGUGCCAGCAUGCUGUUUCACACCAGUACUUUGACAAUAUAAUUGUCUUCUUCAUUGUGCUGAGUUGCAUCACCAACGCUAUGGAGAGGCCUGACAUAGAUCCCGAGGGCACAGUCACAGCAUUUGGUAUGAUAUUUGGAGUUACGAGCUACUUCCGCAGCCCCUGGAACAUGAUGGACGGUUUGCUGGUGAUGAGUUCUGUAGUCCAAAUCCUCAUCUCAUUGGUGGUUCAUGAGCAACACCAGAUAGUCGGCAUUCUCAGAAUCAUUCGCCUAAUUCGAGCUGUCCACCCCCUUAGGAUGGUUAAACUAUCCCCGAAACUGACGCUGGCUAUGGACGCUCUGAAGAUAUCAAUGAAGCCAGUUCUGAACAUUCUUCUCUUGUGCUUUGUCUUCUUCUUCUUUUACGGCAUUCUUGGCAUGCAGUUGUUUAAAGGGAAGUUCUUCUACUGUGUGGGUGAGGACUUAAGCAACAUUGUCAACAAGUCUGACUGUCUGGCAGCCAACUACCACUGGGAGCGGAAGCAGUACAACUUUGACAGCCUGCUGCAGGCUAUGAUUGCCCUCUUUGUGAUGUACUCCAAGGCUGGCUGGGUUAACAUCAUGUAUGAUGGACUGGAUGCUGUAGGAGUUGACAUGCAGCCCAUUAAGAACUACAACAAAUGGAUUCUGCCUUAUUUCCUCUCCUUCAUGGUGAUGAGCUUUGUCUUGUUGGACAUGUUCAUCGGUAUAAUGGUGGAGACCUUUCACAAUUGUCAGAUGAACCAGAAACAAGAGGAGGUAGAGUUGGGAAACGAAGAACAUCUGAUCGAAAGCCAGGGGACUGAAGGGGAGUCACCUGAGCGUGAGCAAACGGCAUCGUCGGAAGGUUCCUGGAUGUGGCAGUUUUUAUAUAUGAUAUGUACCAGUAGAGCCCUGGAACUCUCAGUGACUGUCAUCCUUAUCAUCAAUGUUUUGCUGAUGGGGGUCGAACACUAUAACCAGCCAGAGGUCAUAAACAAAGUCACUGACUACUCCAACUAUGUGUUCAUGAUCAUCAUGAUCACUGAGGUUCUAUUGAAACUUGUGGUGUUCGGUGUAAUGAAGUUCAUAAAAGACCGCUGGAACCUCCUGGACAUCAUCAUCAUCUUGCUUUUCGUCAUUAGCUUUGUUCUCACCCAGUUAAGGAUGGCAAACGUCAUUUCUUUCAAUCCCAGCAUCCUGAGAGUGUGUAGGAUGCUCAGGCUCUCUCAAGUGCUGAAGGCCAAGACGAUAAGAACCCUGAUAAAAACCCUUAACAAGACUCUGUCUCAGGUUUGGAGUAUCUUUCUUCUUUACUUAUUCUUCUCCUUCAUCUACGGCGUGCUGGGAGUGGAGCUCUUUGGCAAGUUAGAGUGUUCUCCUGAUUAUCCGUGUCUGGGGUUGCACCGGAACAGCAACUUUCAUAACUUCCCCAUGGCUAUGCUCACACUCUACAAAGUGUGCACGGGAGACAACUGGAGUGGGAUUUUGAAAGACACAAUGAGGAAAUGCCGGUCUGAUGACAUCAAUUGUCCGAGCUUUCUCGUCUGGGUCUCUCCCCUUUACUUUUCAAGUUUUCUCAUUUUGGCUCAGUUUUUGCUGACAAAUCUGAUUGUAGCAUUGACAAUGCAAGUCCUGGAAGACUGUGAGGAGGAAGUUGAGACAGACCUGCUCGGGCAAGAAAUGUUUACAUCAGCAGAGGACAAUGCAGGGAUCUCCACCUUGGGCCAAAGUGAUGAUCAAUCCACACCAUUGGAUUCAAUCAGCCUGUAAAACUAAAAUCUGUUGUU